AUGCCUCGCGCACUACUGCGACCAUCAUGGUCCGACCCCCUCAUGGUCACCGAGGGGCUGCCAAUCGCCUGUUCGACGUGUUUUGACCGCGAAGCCGCUUUCCUGGAUGAUAGACCGAGCUCUGCCUCGUCGCAGACUAUCAAUCCUGCCAGUGCAGACUCUGUAGCCGCCAUCACGGAUGCGUUACGCAACAUCAAUUUCUCCGCUCACCGUACCCCGGCACCCACAUCCGAAGAAGACGCCCAAGCCCAUCGCGCGUCGCUCUUGCGCACCGGUUCCUCCAAUUCCACCCCUCCAGCCGCCGCUCUCUCCUCUGGAUCUGCAAUGGAAACCCCGCCUGCCAGCCCUAGCCAGGCCCCACCCAUCAUCACUUCUCACAGCGCCGGAAAUGCGGCGUCAGGUGGGCCCAUCUUCUUUGGGGAUCCGCUUGCGGGCUAUACCACUGCUUACAUUUUUCGAAUUCCCGAUAUCCACGCCCGCGGCCACAAGCGUAUCUACGCUUUUCUAGCCUUAAGCACACACAAGGAACGGGUAGCUAUGAAGACUUUUGGGUUCAUUGCCGCAGCCUUCCGGGAUAUGGCAACCUGGAUCCAGCAGCUUGCCGACGCGGAAGCUGAGGCAACGUCCGGUGCGCGGCGCAUGAAUACUGCCCCAUCGUCGGUUCAAAGCUCAUCCCUCCAGCAAUCGACCAACGUCCAGGACGGUGGCAGCGCAUUUGACAGGGCUGCGGGAAGUGCGUUCCUCGGCGGCGGAAGCGCAUUCGCCAGGAGAGCUGGCGGUGGAGGCGGUGCCAUUGCUCUCAAGGCGAGGGGUCUACCAGAGCUCGUGGGCAUGCCCGACUUUUUGUUCAGCUCCAUGUCAAGUUUGUUCAAAUCCUCGGAGAGUUGGGCACGCCGGUAA